AUCAUGAAGCCAGGUACAGAUGGAUCAGCUAUUUCGGGGGUGACUGGACAGCAUGAUGCUGACACAAGUGUGACUACUGUUGAUCCCGUGAUUAACGCCGACGAGGGCAACCAUGACCAUGCUGCAAUCACAGAGCUGGUGGAGGAGGAUGGGAGCAACGGGCAUGACCAUGUUGACCAGAUUGCUGAUUCUUGCACAUCUGCUCCUGAGAUCGAUGCUGAUGGGAGCAAAGGGCUGCAAAUAGAAGCACUGACUACUGAGCCUGAAGUAUUGGAUGGAAGCGAUUGUGAAGCGACUUCUAAAGGACCUUCAGAAGAGGAAGUUGUCGCAAACGGGCUUGGAUGUUCCUCCAUAAAAACAAUUGUUGAUGAACUAAAUGAAAAGGAUUUCUCAAUAUGAAACUUUGCGAGCAAGGUCCAAAUUACCUCUCGAAAAUAAAAUAUGGACACUGUACAAUUUAUUAUAUUUAUGAACAACUCUUACUGCCAUUUGGUUUUUAUAUAUCGGAUGUGUCAUUUUAGAUCA